UGAAUUUCCGCUUCCGGACGUAGCUUCAGUCUCGGUGAAGCACACCCGCGAUCACCUUCUUGUCUGUCGCUGAAAUGGCAAUGUUUUGCAGAUCUGCAGCCUUCCUUCUAAAGUCAACAAAAUCACUACCGUACACGUUUGCAGCUGCACGACAGUACUGCGCAGGUGGACAAUAUCAGCACAUCCUGGUGGAUAAGAAGGGUGACCGGGGGAAUGUCGGGUUAAUUCAGCUCAACCGGCCCAAGGCGCUGAACGCUCUCUGUGACGCGCUGAUUAGGGAGGUCAACCAGGCUUUGGAUGCGUUCGAAGCCGACGGUGAGAUCGGUGCUAUCGUCAUCACAGGCAGCGAGAGAGCCUUUGCAGCCGGUGCGGACAUUAAGGAGAUGCAGAAUCGCACCUUCCAGGAGUGCUACGGUGGAAACUUCCUGGCACACUGGAAUAGGGUUUCACAAGUGAAGAAGCCCGUCAUAGCUGCUGUGAACGGCUUUGCUCUUGGCGGAGGUUGUGAGUUGGCCAUGAUGUGUGAUAUUAUUUACGCCGGUGAGAAGGCACAGUUCGGACAGCCAGAAAUCCUCCUGGGGACCAUACCUGGUGCGGGAGGUACUCAGAGACUGACUAGAGCCGUCGGAAAAUCCCUCGCCAUGGAGAUGGUCCUGACAGGCGACCGAAUAUCUGCACAGGAGGCCAAGCAGUCAGGCCUCGUGAGCAAGAUCUAUCCCGCGGACCAGCUGGUGCAGGAAGCAGUGAGAUGCGGGGAGAAAAUCGCAGCCAACUCCAAGUUGGUCUCUGCCAUGGCCAAAGAAGCCGUCAAUUCAGCCUUUGAGUUGAGUUUGGCGGAAGGGAAUCGACUGGAGAAGAGAUUAUUCCACGGGACCUUUGCUACCGAUGACAGAAAAGAAGGAAUGACUGCAUUUGUUGAAAAAAGGAAAGCUACUUUCGAGGACAAGUAAAGGAAGAGUACACGUACUGUACAGUUGGAUGAUUGAAAAGAAGUGGAGAACAUUAGAAUGACUGUUGACCUGCAGUAUGCCUUACCGUUUCCUGUAACAAAGUGUUCCUUCUAGUAUGGGAUAAUCGCGGGGUUAGAUCGUUAAGACUCCCAAACACUACUCAUAUUUGAAUAAAUAUUAUAGUAUUAAAAAUUAAAAUGCGAUAAUUGAUGGGCUUUUUUGAUUGUUUGUUGUAGUUUUCACAAUUCCCAUGAGUGCCAUGAUUGCAUCUUUGGAAUAAAAAUAUUUUUGUUCGAAAAAUGA